UAUACUACGUAUAAGCUAAAAUAUUGUAAGCUAGGUCUGAUAAUUCCCCUACCCGCGCUAGAUAACAAUGUCACAAUCUGGCUCUUCUCCGACGAAGAAACAGAAGCUGGAUGAUGGUUUAGGUAAAGGAAAAUCUCAGAACGAGAUUGGUGCUGUAGGGAUUAGAGAAGAGAAAGAUAAUGAAGCUGAGAAUGCGAAGCAUGCACAUUACGACCCUUAUGGUUAUGGUGGUUCUCCUUUUGGAACUGGAUCCGUUCUCCUAGAUUACCCCACCUCCCCUAAUUACAGCCCUACAUCUCCUAGUUACAGGCCUACCUCUCCUAGUUAUCGCCCUAACUCUCCUAGUUACAGGCCUAACUUUUCUAGUCACAGUCCUGACUCUAUUAUUUACAGGCCUAACUCUCCUAGUCACAACCCUGACUCUACUAUUUACAGGCCUAACUCUCCUAGUCACAGCCCUGACUCUACUAUUUACAGGCCUAACUCUCCUAGUCACAGCCCUGACUCUACUAUUUACAGGCCUAACUCUCCUAGUCACAGCCCUGACUCUACUAUUUACAGGCCUAACUCUCCUAGUCACAGCCCUGCCUUUACUUGUUACUGGUCUGACUCUCCUAGUCACAGCCCUGACUCUCAUAAAUACAGGCCUAACUUUCCUAGUUACAGCCCUACCUCUCCUAGUUACAGCCCUACUUCUCCUAGUUACAGCCCUGUCUCUCCUGAUCACAGCCCUACCUCUCCUCAAUGCUGCCCUACCUCUACUCAGCACAGCCCUAUCUUGAGCUCUCCUCCUGAAGAUGAUGGUUAUGGUCCUGAGCACAUGGAAGCUGAAAACAAGACCAAUGAUCAUCUCACGGAGAUUGGGGAUGGAUACUUCCAUGUGGAUGGUAGAAAUUACCCGGAAGCUGAGGCCACUCGCACAAUUCAUGUCCCAUGUUCUAAGGUAGCUCUACUGGUUGGUGCUGCAGCGACUUUACGGUUUCUUCAGCACAACCUUUGUGCUAGAAUCCGUAUUUUAAAGGAUUCAGACGUUGAUUUGAAGUCUGCACAAAGACCAGUGGAAUUAACUGGAACUGUUUUACAGAUCGAGUUUACUCAGCAGCUUAUCGACUCUGUCCUAGCAGAGGAGAAUCAUGUAACCAAUGGAAGAGGAAAAAACUAAGAAACCAUCUUCUCAGAAAGAUUGUGAAGCUCUUAUUAAGCAAGUCCAUGCCGAGUAUGAAUAUCCCACGUGUGAUGCAGCAACCUCUCCAAGGAUAUGAAGUUGUUCAAGUUUGAUCAAAUUUAUAUUAAACCUCUCAAACAUUUUAUAAGCAUUCGGGAGAUUAUUUUCGGUAAUUAAACAAGCCAUGAUAAAAUCUUAUUUAAAAGUCA